AUCCGAUGCGAACUGUCCCGGAGCCCCACGCCCGGGUUGUCGGAUCCAUUCGGGUCAGUCGUUCCCAGCAAGUUCUUCGUCUCCGACUGAGAGAGAGAGAGAGGCACUGCAAAUGGCCGACCACCGCCCCGUCGACGGCGCCGGCGAGAAUCCAUUGGCCGAGCUCGAGCUCAUCCUGGAGUCCGAUCCACUCAUCGACGAAGUUGGGUUUAUUCACCCGACCCAGCUCGCGUCGCUCAGCGAGGAGGAGGGCGUUGAUGCUCCGGGUCCCAAGAAUCCGAGAUUUUGGAGCAGGGACGGGAAGCUGGGAAUCUCGACCGAGGUGCUCUUGCCGCUGUACAAAGAAGCGAGGCGGGCGUUUUUCGAUGCGGUCCGAGAUUUUAGGACGCGAUGCGGCUCGGGCGGUGAUGGUGGGGGUGGAGGGGUUGGAUGCGAGGUGAUGAAGCAUAGCAGGGCUUUGUUGUUGGUGAGCUCGGAUUUUGGUACAGCUUGGAAUUCGAGAAAGCUAGUUGCAUCAAAGGAGGAGUCCUUCUCAAUGUACAUGGAUGAAUUACGCUUAUCAGAACUUAUCCUUUCUUAUUCUCCUAAAAGCGAUCAAGCAUGGAGCCAUAGGCGUUGGGUGAUCGAGAGGAUUGCUGGACAAACUUCGUCUCUUCCGGAGAUUAUCAUGAAAGAGUCUGAGCUAGUGGAGAAGAUAGCCGAGAGAUCAAAGAUGAAUUACCGUGCCUGGAAUCAUCGCUGUUGGUUGGUUUCAUACAUGACAAAGGAACGAGUGAUGUAUGAAUUGAAGGAAUCCAAAACUUGGGCUGGAUUGCAUGUUGCUGAUAGUUCAUGCUUUAAUUAUCGCAGACGGCUUAUGACGAGGAUCCUGGAGGACCUCUGCUGCAAGGAUGGAGUUUCUUCUGUCGAUUACAGUUUUGAAGUUUAUCAAUGUUGGAAGGAUGAGCUUGACUGGGAUGAAAUUUUGAUAAAGAGAUACAUUGGCAGAGAGGGUUUGUGGCUCUACCGUCGCUUCCUCUCCCUGUGCUGGAUAAGACAUUUCACGACUCAUGCGCAUUCUACAUCCUGCAAUUCCAAUUACAUUGCUGAACAGACCACGGACCCCAGCUUCUUUUUGGAUAAGGAACUGGACCUUGUUGGCUCCAGUUUGGUUGUCCAAGAUGAUCACUUUGAUGAUUUCCAAGCGCAGGCACUAUAUUCCACUACUUACAUCUUAUGGUUGGCAAAGCAAAUGCCCAGUCCUCUUGAGAUUGAACUGCGACAAAGGCUAACAGCAAGGAAUAUGAAUGACUUGCUGAGUGAAUUUUGCCCCAAUAGUUCCUUCCUCUGUGGGUCUUCAGCAGAAGAUGCAAAAUAACUGGAGCUGCGCAUGGGCAGAAUCUGUAGGAGCCAUAAGCAAAAGUCAAACUCAGCGCCAUUGCUCUGCUCGUUUACUGUGUUAAGCUGUUUUACAUAUUCAAAUAUGGGCAAGACAUUUUGCAGAUAUGGAGCUCCAAUACUUCAUCCCUCAGUAUAUGGAAGGCAACAUCAGUGGUGACAAACAUAACAAUUGCGUUUUUUUUUUCCUUCUGUUGGGUCUUAACAUAUUUAUCUGAUGGAGAAGAUGGCAUUAUGGCAGCUGCUGUUGCUUUCUUCGUAAAUUUCACAAGUUAAUUCUGCUACUGUGGUUUGGAGACUCACAUGCUGUUAGUUAACUUUAAGUGAAUUGGACAUCUUGUAGUUCUGUAUAAUGAAGCCAAUGGUUCUUCAAGCCAUUAGGGGAUGACGACUGAGUGAUUACUUUAGCCGUUUGUUUUCAGUUAUUUCAAUUUUGCCAAGCAAAUCAUUUGCUCAAGUGAUAUCAGUGUAUAUAUCCCAGUCUGAAAUUGAUGUG